UUCACAAUAGAUUAUGCCUUCUACGAUAAUUAUGCUUAGAGAUGUUCAAUAUCAAAUAUUAUUAAUAACGAAGAAUUUUUUAAACGAAGAAGUAUUCAUGCCUGAUCUAAUGAUUUCGUGAUAAAUUAUACGAUACGAUCGUAAUUAUAUUUGGAGAUGUUAAUGUCACCAGUAUGGUUAACAACAAAGUGUUUUCUUUCGUAAUUAUACAAUAGAGAACUUAAGUUUACGAAAUAUUCCAACCGAACUAUUAAACACGAUGUCUCCGUAGAUAUUUUGUCAUAUUCCAACGAGAAAAUAUACUGAACUUAUACAAAUUUAAAUCAACUUCUGUAUUUAUUGACUAUUUGGAUUUAUUUAUUUUUUAAAAUUUUAGAUGGAAAUCGAUGAAGACGCAUUGUUAGAAGUUUAUGAUGUAAUUAAUUUUCCAACAAGUCCUAUAUCCGUUCCUGUGAGAACCGAAAAGCAUUCAAUCGACGAUCACGCUAGUAAUGAUCGUCCCACGCGUUAUCGCCCCGCUCGUGAUCGCUCCACUCGUAAUCGCCCCACUCAAGAUGGCUCCGUUCGUGAUCGAUCUGCUGAAGAUGGCUCCGUUCGUGAUCAUCCUGCUCAAGGUGGCUCCGCUCGUGGACCUACUAGUGAGCAUUCUAUUAACGAUCGCCCUAGCCUUCGAAAUUCUGAAAUUCGUCCUGGAGUGGAUCGUACUGGAACUAAUCCUAUUGAAGAUCUCCAGUCUCCAAACGUUCCACAAUGGAGAGGUAGGGGUAGAAGAAGUGGCGUGCGACGUCAACAAGAGAGGUUUAUGAAAUUUUUGUACCAAUUAACUUUCUUCAGCGCAUUAUAAUUGGGGUAAACGAGGAAGGAAACAAGGAUAAGCGGACAUCAAGAAGAAUUUUUUGUGUUAAAUUUCGAAUCUGUAACAACAUUUUAUUGUUAAUAAUAAAAUUUAAAUGAAUUUGUUAAUAAUAAUAAUGUUAAUUUUUAUAUUAUUAAAUUAUAAUGUAAUUCAUUUAAUUAUUAAACAUUAAAAUAAAUUGUUUAAAAAAAUUAUUGUUAUCUAAUACUGUAUGAUUUGUAAUUUUCUGUAGAGCUUCAUUUUCUCUCUUACUUUUGUCAACUUCUGUUUGUAAUUUGUCAAUUUUUUGUGGCUUAUAUUUAAAAAAAAGGUUUUUUAUGGCUGUGCUUAUUAUUUUCUUUUUCUCUCUUUUUUCUUCUCUUUCAGCAGAUAAUCGAGAAACAGCCACAAUGAUUUGAAGGUUCUUUUCUACUAAAAAAAGUACGUAUACAUAUAUACAUAUUAUAUUUCUACAUACUAAUUUAUGGAAAAAGUAAUGUCUUAGAUUGUCUAGAUUAUAUAUAUAAAUAUGUUUAUG